UGUACAUUAGUGAGACUUGUAUUGUGUGUAAAGCAAGUACAAAGGGAAUAUUUUUCUGCAAUUUCUAGCUGCUUUUUUUAGUUUCAUGACGCUGAAAUUUGUAACUUCCCAAAAAGGAAAGAAAUUGUUAUUGUUUGAGGGACAUUUGUAUUCGCUCAAAAGUUAUAAUAACGGAAGUGUCACAUGGCGUUGUGUUUCGCACAAUAGUAGGAUGCCUUGCUCAGAAAUUCUUCAUACCAAUUCUGAUGAAGUUGAAGGUAAAGUUGUUAGAUCAGUGCCGAAACAUGAGCAUGCAGCUGAUGCUGCGGAGGUUAAAGCAAAAAUUUUACGUGCGAAAUUAAAAUGUCAUGCGGGCAAUAGUGAUUCAGCACCGUUGAGCGUUAUUGCUAAAACAAUUCAAGCAGCAAAAUCUCCUGUUGUUGGAAAAAAUUUCAUCGUUGCAGCAUACAAUCCAUCGUGUUCGACAGGUGAAUAAAAUGCAUGUAAAAUCUACAUCUCGAAGCGAUUUGGUGAUUCCAGAAGAAUUAAAAGUAACCAAAAAUAAUGAGAUUUUUCUGCUCCAUGAUAAUGGUGGGAAUAAAUCGCGUUUUUUGAUCUACUCUACAGCUGCUAAUUCCGAUUUACUAUCACAGUGUGAAAUGUGGUGUGGGGAUGGUACUUUCAACUCUGUACCUUUGUUAUUUAAACAGUUGUAUACAAUACAUGGUGUUGUUGAUGGACGUACUACACCGCUUGUUUAUGUUUUGGCACCAGAUAAAACUGAGAAGAUCUACGUAAAAAUAUUAAGUGUACUAAAAGAACAUUUAUCUAAUGAAAAUCGAUUACGAUGUAUGUUAACUGACUUUGAACUAGCUUAUAUAAAUGCUUUUUAAAUUGUAUUUCCUGGAAUUUUGGUUAGCGGAUGUCUCUUUCAUUAUUUACAGUGUGUGUGGCGUCACAUACAAGAGUAUGGUUUACAGUCAUCGUACAAUAAUUGUAUCAGAGUUGCGCAAAAUAUCCGUAUGUUGAUGAGUUUGGCGUUUGUACCACCCAAUGAUGUAUACGCUGCUUAUGAUGAUCUUAUUAAUGGCCAAUUUUUUGUUGAAAAUAAUGAUAUGCUUGGAAAGUUAUUAGAUUAUUAUGAGUCAACGUGGCUCGGAUCAUUGAAACGCAAUCAGAAAACACGUUCUAAUCCAUUGUUCGCAAUUAAUAUGUGGAAUUGUUAUGAACGCGUGUUAGCGGGUGAUAUGCGUUCGAAUAACGGAGUAGAAGAGUGGCAUCGAUCUUUUAAUGCGCUUGUAAGAACCAAGCAUGCCGAUAUUGUUAAAUUUAUUUCGGCUUUAAAGGCUGAACACGCUAUUGUUGAUUUGAAAAUAAAUAAACGAAAUACUGGUCUAGCUCCUCCGAAAUGUCGGAAAGACUUUUGUGAUUAUAACACACGAUUGAAAAAUAUUGUCGAACACUAUGAUAAUGAAUGCAAGUUGCAAUAUUUGAAAAAUAUAGCGAAUGUGCUUCGUAUUUAGCAUCAUACACGAACUUUUGAGCGCAAGAAAAAUGUUAAUAGAUUAGAUAAAAUUAAUAAGAUAAAAUUUCGAUUUGUUUAAGGAAUACUACAGUAUUAUGGAAAUGUACCAUUAUUUAAUGUUGAA